AUGUCUGAGACAAGGCUCCUUCCACAUGCUAUCGACUUCGGCGGCCACUAUGCCGUUCUGAACCUCGAUUUCAUGACUAUUUUAAUCCAUAACGUUCAAAAAGAUACCCAGGGCGAGAAGUUCAUAUCAAGUUGCACUCGGUGGUGCGAGGCUGUACACGGGAAGUCACCGAGGCCCAUCACCAUUUUCACCAGCCUUACGUUCUCGCAACCAUCAUGCCCUGAGCUGACUAAAGGUUCGCCGUUUUCAAAGCUCCUUGAUAGUUUUGGCCCCGAAAAAUUCGCCAAAGGACGCCCCGAGGUUGAGAUUCAUCCAAACUUCAAAGUGGACGAGAACGAUAUUGUUCUGGCGAAGACAAGGUGGAGCGCUACCUCGGGAAAUGGCCUUGAGCAGUUACUGAAGGCACAAAGCAUUAAUACCGCGAUCAUUUCAGGUAUCACCCUUUCCGGUGUUGUAAUGUCCACCAUCUAUCAACUGUUCGACUUGGAUAUACAGAUCUAUGUCAUCCGAGACAAUGUCAUCGAACUGCCUCUGGAGGAUAAUGGAGCGUUUUCCAAAGUUAUGCUGGAUAUGCUGUUACCUAAAAUGAACCUACGGGUGAUCAGCCUCGAAGAAGCAUUGAGCGCAUUGGACCGAUGCUAG